AUGGCUGGUAGAGGCCGAGGCCGUGGCAGCACCCUGUCAUUAACUCAUGAACAACUGCAGUCAUUAGGCAUUGGAAGAGGAGAAAACACAACACAAAUUGUGGCACCCCCUCCUCUUUUCCCUAAACUCGAAGCAAAGCCACUUCCACUAGCUUGUGAUGCUGCCACAGACUACACGUUGAUAGUUAAGGAUCAAUUUAUAGAAUUCUUACACGAAUCGCCUGCUUUUGUAAAACUAAAAUCUCAAAGUGACGGUGUAGAGCGAUAUUCUGAUAAAUACAAAAUGUUAGCGCUAGACGCUAAACAAGGUAAAGUACUUGACUGUGUUUGGACUAAUAUGCCCGUAGAGCUGAGACCCCAAGCGAAUAGGACUCGUGUUACAUCCCGAAAAAGAAAACUAGAGGAUCCUUCAGAAAUCGCUAAGAGGUUACAAACUUUAGAAAAGAAAGAAAUUCAAGAGAAUGGUGAAACUAUUGAAACAAAUGAUAAUGCAGAGACUGUCAAAAAGCAAGAAGCUAAUGAUGAUGAAGACAUUGAGGAUGAACAGGAGGAAGAGUUUGAAAUGGAUGAUGGUACAGACUACGCCAAUAACUAUUUUGACAAUGGUGAAGACUACGAUGAAGAAGAUGACAAUCUUGAUGAUGGACCUGUUUACUAA